CACUGACCCUGGAAGUCACCGACUGACUAGACUGGCUGGCCACCAAGCCUGAGGGAUCUUCCAGUCCCCGUCUCCCCAACCCCGAGGUUACAGAUGUGGGUCGCCUGGAUUCCUUUACUCGGGUUCUAGGGGUGUGAACUUGGGUCUUUUCCCUGUGUGGCAAGCACUUCACCAACUAAUCCCUCUCCUCAGUCCCCUUAAUUUUAUUUAUUUUAAAAACAGUUAUUUAUUGCUUUAAAGAAACAUUCCCCAAAUCUAACCCUGUUCGUUGUAAGGAAAGCAGAAAAACUUCAAAAAGAAAACGAAAUCGCCCCCAGAUGCUGGCAGUCCACCCUGACUUCUUGCUCAUCGUUUUCUUAUUUUGAGAGAGGAAGGGUCACUGGUCCUGGGGUCACUUCUAGCUGGGUGUCAGCUGCCCAUGCUCCUUUGCCACGGUCUUGUCUGCUGUCCAGGGCGUGUUGUGACUCUUCGGGCUUUUGUGUGCCCCAAAUGUGUUAGAGGCUGUGGGGGCUGAAGGGUAGCUGUAGUUCAUGUGGAGGCGGGGAGUCCCCAGAUGACUCACGGGAGGUAAGAGACAACAGUGCUCACCCUGGCUCAGUUCUUGCCUUUUGGAGGGAGCUAGUGGAGCAGGGAAAACUGGGUCCCGGCAGCCUGGGUCCCCACCCCCUGCCGUGAGGCCGCCAAGAGCCUAUGUGCCUCACGCCCAGCACCUGCUCUGGGAAGUAUGUGCUGACUCCCCGGCUCCCAAGCACAGACUAUUUUUGGCCACAGUGACUGUUUGCUAGUAAUGAAAACAGAAACCCCUCUCCCUGCCUUGUUCUUCCGUGGGACAGGGCACUGGGGGCCGGGGCCGCCGUGCUCGGGCCCCCUCACCAUGCAUUGCCUGUGGAGCUGGGUGAUGGCAAAGGCUUCAGGGGACCCAGGAACCCCACCACCCACCUUGCCGAGAGAAGCCCAAGGCUCCAGCCAGCCUGCACCAGAUGAGAGUUGUGAGGAGAUUCCCCAGGAGCUAACACUGGAUGCCUUGCUGGAGAUGGAUGAGUCCAAGGCCAAGGAGAUGCUGCGGCGCUGGGGGGCCAGCGCUGAGGAGUGUAGCCGGCUUCAGCAAGCUCUCACCUGCCUUCGGAAGGUGACCGGCCUGGGAGGGGAGCACAGAGAGGACUCCGGUUGGAGUUCGGCAGAGGCGCAGCGGGAAAGCAGCUCGGGACCUUCAGUGGACAUGCUCUCCCCGCUGGGCAGAGCGGGUGCCGGCACUCAGGGUCCUCGCUCCGUCUCCGUGUCAGCCCUGCCUGCCUCGGACUCUCCAGGCCCUGGCCUCAGUGAGGGCCUCUCGGACACCUGUAUUCCCUUGCACGCCAGUGGCCGGCUGACCCCCCGGGCCCUGCACAGCUUCAUCACACCCCCUACCACACCCCAGCUACGACGGCACGCCAAGCUGAAGCCGCCAAGGACACCCCCACCGCCAAGCCGCAAGGUCUUCCAGCUGCUACCCAACUUCCCCACACUCACACGCAGCAAGUCCCACGAGUCCCAGCUGGGCAACCGAAUCGAUGAAGUCUCCCCAAUGAGGUUUGACCUCCCUCAUGGAUCCCCACAGCUGGUACGAAGGGAUAUCGGGCUCUCAGUGACACACAGGUUCUCCACAAAGUCAUGGCUGUCACAGGUCUGCAAUGUGUGCCAGAAGAGCAUGAUGUUCGGGGUGAAAUGCAAACAUUGCAGGUUGAAAUGUCACAACAAGUGCACAAAGGAAGCCCCCGCCUGCAGAAUAUCCUUCCUCCCACUAGCCAGGCUUCGGAGGACAGAGUCUGUCCCCUCAGACAUCAACAACCCGGUGGACAGAGCAUCAGAGCCCCAUUUUGGAACCCUUCCCAAGGCCCUGACAAAGAAGGAGCACCCUCCAGCGAUGAACCUGGACUCCAGCAGCAACCCGUCCUCCACCACGUCCUCCACACCGUCCUCACCGGCGCCCUUCCUGACCUCAUCCAACCCCUCGAGUGCCACCACGCCCCCCAACCCCUCGCCUGGCCAGCGGGACAGCAGAUUCAACUUCCCAGCUGCCCACUUCAUUCAUCAUAGACAGCAGUUUAUCUUUCCAGACAUUUCCGCCUGUCCUCAGGCAGCCCCGCUCUCCAGCACAGCCGACAGCACACGGCCCGAGGACCAGCCCAAAGCAGACGUGCUGGGUGUUCAAGAAGCAGAGGCUGAGGAGCCCGAGGCGGGCAAGUCCGAGGCAGAAGACGAUGAGGAUGAGGUGGACGACCUCCCCAGCUCCCGCCGGCCUUGGCGGGGCCCCAUCUCUCGAAAAGCCAGCCAGACUAGCGUGUACCUGCAGGAGUGGGACAUCCCCUUUGAACAGGUGGAACUAGGCGAGCCCAUUGGGCAGGGCCGCUGGGGCCGGGUGCAUCGAGGCCGAUGGCAUGGCGAGGUGGCCAUUCGGCUGCUGGAGAUGGACGGCCACAAUCAGGACCACCUGAAGCUGUUCAAGAAGGAGGUGAUGAACUACAGGCAGACCAGGCACGAGAACGUGGUGCUCUUCAUGGGGGCCUGCAUGAACCCACCCCACCUGGCCAUUAUCACCAGUUUCUGCAAGGGGCGAACCUUGCACUCAUUCGUGAGGGACCCCAAGACGUCUCUGGACAUCAACAAGACGAGGCAGAUCGCCCAGGAGAUCAUCAAGGGGAUGGGCUAUCUUCACGCCAAGGGCAUUGUGCACAAAGACCUCAAGUCCAAGAAUGUCUUUUAUGACAACGGCAAAGUGGUCAUCACAGACUUCGGGCUGUUCGGGAUCUCGGGCGUGGUCCGGGAGGAACGGCGUGAGAACCAGCUGAAGCUGUCCCAUGACUGGCUGUGCUAUCUGGCCCCCGAGAUUGUUCGAGAAAUGACACCCGGGAGGGAUGAGGACCAGCUGCCCUUCUCCAAAGCUGCUGACGUCUAUGCGUUCGGGACUGUGUGGUAUGAGCUGCAGGCAAGAGACUGGCCCUUUAAACACCAGCCUGCAGAGGCCUUGAUCUGGCAGAUCGGAAGCGGGGAAGGAGUGAGGCGUGUCCUGGCGUCUGUCAGCCUGGGGAAGGAAGUCGGCGAGAUCCUGUCUGCCUGCUGGGCUUUCGACCUACAGGAGAGACCCAGCUUCAGCCUGUUGAUGGAGAUGCUGGAGAAGCUGCCCAAGCUGAACCGGCGGCUCUCCCAUCCCGGGCACUUUUGGAAGUCGGCUGACCGCUGGCGGAGCCGCUACUACGGGAAAGGACGCUAUGGUCACCCUGACUUUAAGAGUUCCUGUCCGGGUCUGGAGGAAUACAUUAACAGCAGCAAAAUCAUGCCCCGCUUUGAAAGGUUUGGCCUGGGGGCCCUGGAGUCCAAUAAUCCAAAGAUGUAGCCGGCCAUGCACAUUCGUGCAGAGGGUGUCUUCCUUUCUGAAACCUGGUUAUGAAACAUGCAAACCACCGCCACGAGGAAUGAGAGAAGCGUUGCAUGCCAAGCUACAGACCAGGAGUAUGACUCCUCCGUGAGGAAUGUGAUGGCAGCGGUGUGUGGGGCUCAGGAUCGGAGCCGUACAUGCCACUCCAGAUGACACCACUAAGCCAGUGUUUACACAGAGGUUGCUGCCCCGCAAGCUUGGUGUUUUAUGGUAGUUAAUAAUAGUUCCACAGAAGGGUGCUGGCACUUCGGAGCAACAGAAAUGCCCCCCUCUCGCCGCCCCCUUCUCCAAGGUCCUGCAGCAGUGAGGGGCCCAGAGGAGCAAGAAGGAAGAAAAGCAGCAUGAAUGCAGAGCUGUUCUGGGGAAAGAGGACAUGGUGGGAGGUUUGCCCUGGCCUAUGCUUUGGCCCUAACCCCCACUGGUCCCUCUCUUUGUCCAUAAGGAACACCAACCCUUCCUUAGCUAGUGGGAGAAAGCCUGGCUAGGAACCCUUCUGGAUUAUGGGGUCAGGAGUUCCUCAAGAGUUUGGAUUUAGUUUCUGCUCUGAUCCGGGCUUGGUGUGCUAAAAAGUACAGACAGAAUCCUAGUGGCUUCUAGAUGGAUCUGAUGAUGGAUCUUAGCCCGGCUUCUACCACAGUGGAAGGAAACAGUCACACAUCUGGGGAGACAUCUGCUGCUUCUCCGAGGCCUCCAGGCAGACAUGAAGGCUGUGGAACUCAGCCUGUAUCAUCACCCCCACCCCCAGUGCCUCACAUUUACCCCCGGAGCCAAGAGCUCGCCCGUCAGCUGUGUGUACAGUGAGUUCUUGGUUGAUGAGAAUAGGGAAGAGGUGAAUACGGCCCUUGGUGACCCUAGCACUUUAAAACUCACCUCUGUCGUGCCAGAAGUUUCCAGACCUCUCACCACUUCCACUUCCCCUGUCUCAUCGACGCCUGUUAGUCCAUUCUGACUCCUGUGUGUGCCCUGAGCUCAGACGGGGGCAUGAGGCUGUCCAGACACUUGGGCGAGACCUACCUAGUAAGUCCCUAUCUGUGAGCCUCCGACGUCUGUGUUCACUCCAGCGAGCAGGAGGGCUGGGUAGGGGUAAGUCAGAUGGGCUCUGCAGAAACUAUCACCUACAGACCCCACAAGCAGAGUGCGGAAGAAAUGGGAGUGGAGAGGUGGCUAGGUCCAGGCCCCUAGGCUCACGGUCCCGCUGUGGCAUGGCGGGGUGGCUCCCUCUUCGUUAAACACCAAACACAUCCUCAGUUUUCAGAACCUGCCCUAGCGUUAGAGCCUGGUCCAGGUGUCUGAUGAAACAGGCCAUUCUCUGAGAAGUUGUGGGACUCUGCCUGCAUCACCCACCACCACCCCCCACCCCCUCAGCACAGUUGUUCAUGCUACAGGAGAGCUGGGACAGGAGCAUCGUGACCCUGCCCCAGUGUGGGGAGGAAGAGCUGUGAGCCUGUGUUCAGCUCUGCGUGGGUCAUCUGUCCUCUGAAAUGGAACUGUCCUAUCACUUCCUCAUCCCUGUGGCUUCCCACCCUAGCCCUUGGUGUGACCUCCCGACUCCCAAACCACACGGUGUAUAACUACAGCCUCUGGCUGUCUCAUGGCCGUACCUCCCCGGAGGCCACAGUGUCUGGGCCUCUGGCCAUUCCUUCCCUUGGCGAAUGCCAUGACAUUGACCUCCCCUCACAGGUAGAACAUGAGCCAUCAGGCUGGCAGCCGGGUCAACGCUUCCAGUCAUCCCACGGCACCAAACCGCACGGGGCAUCACACACAGCCCCCUGACGGCGAGCCUGGGUCUCGCUCUCUACUGUGAACAUCUCUGUUCAGAAAGCUUUGAGCCCUGCAGUGAAUGUGGCCUUGUGCUGGGGACCAGAUAGGAGUAGUCAUGGUCCCUGCCUUAAGAGCUGUCUAUCUGCCGGGGGCCAUUAUGCAGGGGACCCAACAUCUGCCUGGGACCCUGGGGCCACUUGGCCCCGAGGGUGCUGGAACUUUCCCCACUUCCUCUCUGAGGCCUCCUCCGUACUGCCCUUCCUUUAAGGGAGUCCCCCAUCAUGGUCCCUGUUUCCUUUUCUACUUUAAGUGACUGUGAAUUGAGGUUAGGAAAGUCGGCCUCCUCUGUGCUCUCCUUGUCCCCCGGGAAACACAUGAAGAAUGACAGAUACUGUGAAUUCAGCCCCUGUAGCCACUGUGAAGGCAACACAAAGAGGCUUGAGCUGCAGGGGGGCUGCCCCCCUAAAGUCUGAGUCCAGCAGAAACUUUGUCCUUUUCCAGGCACUCUGAGUUCCCAGCCUCGCCUCCAAGGAGGCCUUGACCCAUCAGAGUGGCGGCGAAUCCUAGCUAGUGCUGGUCUGUCUGGCUGCUCCUAUGCACCAAAUCGAAGCCCUUGGCCAUUGUCAUCUUGUGGUCCAGGCUGGGAGUGGCAAGCAUGUGUUGCUCUGUAGUGACAGAGAGGGGUGGAAUAGCCAUGCUGUGCUGUGGCACUAGCCAGGACAUCAUCGGUGUGUGCUCCCGGUGUCUCUGUGGCCACAAGGCACACGUUUAUUUGCUCAUUUUGAAUGUGAUGUAAAAUUUGUACAGUAAAAGUUUUUAUAUUUUCUAUCAAUUGCAUUUGUCUUCCAGAAAUGCUUUAAUUUAAAUUAAAAUGGUUAGUCUGGAUGAACGUGUUAUAUUGGGGUUUUUGCCACUGCUAAGAAUGUACCCUCUGGCUGAGCCAGGCCUAGGGGUCUGGAGUUUGUGAAUAAAGUUUUACCAAGGUC